CACCAGAACGAACUUUCUGAACCUCUCCAAUGGCUUACCCUCCCACAGGCCUUCAUUUUGUCUUAUUUCCCCUUAUGGCUCAAGGUCAUUUGAUACCCAUGGUGGACAUAGCCAAGAUACUAGCCCAACGCGGUGCAACAGUUACUAUAAUCACGACUCCGGUUAACGCGAACCGUUUUAAAUCCGGCAUUCACCGUGCAAUCGAAUCUAACCUCAAGAUCCAAGUUCUCGAACUCGAACUCGCGUUAGCCGAAGUUGGUUUGCCGGAAGGAUGCGAGAAUUUCGACUUGCUUCCGACGUCUGCGCAUGCUGUCAAUAUGUUUUUGGCUAUGAAUUUGUUAGAAGAACCUGCGGAAAAGGUGUUUCGGAGUUUGUGUCCGCCUCCGAGUUGCAUCAUCUCGGAUGGUGGUUUUCCAUGGACGUCCGAUUUGGCGGAAAGGUUUAACAUUCCGAGGCUCGUUUUCUACGGGCCGGGAUGUUUCGCUUUCUUGUGUAUACACAUUGUGACGAAUACGAGUAUACUAGAUGAAAUCGACUCCAAUUCGGAGUACUUUGUACUUCCUGGCUUGCCCGACCACAUUGAAGUCACAAAACCUCAAGCUUCGACUUGGGGAAGAGGAGACACAAAAGAAACCACCGAGAUGUUUGAUCGAAUGCAAGAAGCCGAGAAAACUUCAUUCGGGAUUGUGGUUAAUAGCUUCGAGGAAUUGGAGCCAAAGUACGUUGAAGAGUUCGCGAAAGCAAAAGGUAAAAAAGUGUGGUGUAUCGGCCCGGUUUCAAUGUGCAACAAAAGUGUCCAAGAUAUAGCCGACAGAGGAAACAAGGCUGCGAUCAACGAGCACGAUUGCAAGAAAUGGCUCGAUGCAAAGGAGCCACAGUCCGUAGUUUAUGUUUGCCUCGGAAGUCUAGCGGAUUCUUCCACGGAACAAGCCAUUGAGCUUGGGUUAGGAUUGGAGUUAUCGAACGUGCCCUUUAUUUGGUUCAUUAGGCACACAAGUGACGAAUUCGAAAGAUGGCUCGUAGAAGAAGGAUACGAAGAAAGGAUAAAAGAUAGAGGCCUAAUGGUCCGUGGUUGGGCACCACAAAUCUUGAUAUUGUCACACCASGCCAUCGGGGGUUUUGUAACACAUUGUGGAUGGAACUCGACUCUAGAAGGGAUUUCCGCUGGGAUCCCGAUGGUCACGUGGCCGCAUUUUGCGGAACAAUUUCUAAACGAAAGAUUUAUCGUAGAYGUAUUGAAAAUCGGAGUGAAAAUAGGUGCGGAGGUUCCUAGUAUUUUCGCAUUGCGAGAUCAGUUUAAGCCUGAAUUGACGAUCAAACGGGAAGAUAUCAAGAYGGCCGUGGAAGGUUUAAUGAGCGAYGAAGAGGAAGGACASACGAGGAGAAAACGAGCAAAGGAAUUUGGGGAAAUGGCGAAACGAGCGAUGGAGGAAGGGGGAUCGUCUCGCGUUAACAUGACAUCGAUGAUUCAAGCGAUUACAACCGAAGUAACCAACAGGACGAAACCGAUUCCAGAUAUUGUGUAAGUUGUACACCCAACAUGAUUCUUUUAAGCUGAAUCACGAUGGUUUUUGGGUUGUGAUGUUUUGUAAUCAGUUGCCCGAGAAAUCGAGGUUUGAAACUGU